CGGGAGAGGUGCUGACAGGGCGGAGCCGCCCGCUGGGCUCCGCCGGCUUCACCCCUCCCGCUCGGGACAGGUGGUUGGAGCGCGCCCCGCCUCCGCCAGCUGCGAGUGGGAGUGAGGGAGGGCCCGUCCAGGACCGCCGCCGCCAGCUGCGAGUGCGAGUCAGAGAGGGCUCGUCCGGGACGGCGGGGCGAGGAGUCCUGCAGCAGCAAACGGGUACCGUGGCGGCCAAAAAAAUGCUCCUGUACCGAGGGGCCCCCGCAGGCCCUGGCGUGCCGGGCUAUGGGCUUGCCCGGCCGGGCGGCGGCCCGCAGGCCUUCGGGAUCCGCCUGAGCACGAUGAGCCCCCGCUACCUACAGAGCAACUCCAGCAGCCACACGCGACCCUUCAGUGCCAUCGCGGAGCUGCUAGAUAAUGCUGUAGAUCCAGAUGUAUCCGCCAGGACGGUCUUCAUAGAUGUUGAGGAGGUCAAGGGUAAAUCUUGUUUGACCUUUACUGAUGACGGAUGUGGAAUGACACCUCAUAAACUACACCGAAUGCUCAGCUUUGGCUUUACAGAUAAAGUAAUUAAGAAGAGCCAGUGUCCCAUCGGGGUCUUUGGUAAUGGCUUCAAGUCAGGCUCCAUGCGGCUAGGAAAAGAUGCUCUUGUCUUCACCAAGAAUGGGGGUACGCUCACUGUUGGACUCCUAUCACAGACCUAUCUGGAAUGUGUCCAGGCCCAGGCAGUUAUUGUACCAAUUGUUCCAUUCAGCCAGCAAACCAAAAAAAUGAUUAUUACAGAGGAUUCCUUGCCCAGCCUAGAAGCCAUCUUGAACUAUUCAAUUUUCAACAGUGAAAAUGAUCUGCUGUCCCAGUUUGAUGCCAUCCCAGGCAAAAAAGGCACUCGUGUUCUCAUUUGGAACAUCCGCAGAAAUAAAGAUGGAAAGUCUGAGUUGGACUUUGAUACAGAUCAAUAUGACAUCCUGGUAUCAGACUUUGACACAGAAGAAAAAGGGACUGGUGGUGUUACCUCUGAGCUGCCAGAAACAGAGUAUUCUUUACGGGCAUUUUGUGGCAUUCUAUAUAUGAAGCCACGAAUGAAAAUUUUUCUACGUCAAAAGAAGGUGACUACCCAGAUGAUUGCCAAGAGCCUGGCCAAUGUAGAAUAUGGUGUAUAUAAACCUACCUUCACAAAUAAGCAGGUGAGAAUCACUUUUGGGUUCUCUUGCAAGAAUAAUAACCAGUUUGGAGUAAUGAUGUAUCAUAACAACCGACUCAUAAAGUCCUUUGAGAAGGUGGGAUGCCAGGUGAAGCCAACUCAUGGAGAAGGUGUGGGAGUAAUUGGAGUCAUUGAAUGCAACUUCUUAAAACCUGCCUACAACAAACAAGACUUUGAGUAUACAAAGGAGUACCGGUUGACAAUAAAUGCCCUUGCUCAGAAGCUUAAUGCUUAUUGGAAGGAAAAGACAUCUCAAGAUAAUUUUGAAUGCUCAGCCAUAGCCAGGUCAAGACCGAAGAUUCCCGACCAGACGUGGGUACAAUGUGAUGAGUGUCUUAAAUGGAGGAAGCUUCCUGGCAAGGUUGAUCCAUCUACAUUACCUGCAAGAUGGUUUUGUUACUAUAAUUCCCAUCCAAAAUACAGGAGAUGCUCUGUUCCAGAGGAACAAGAACUCAUUGAUGAAGACCUGUACUUGAGCAAAGCUAAGAAACAAGAUCAGACUGUUGAGAAGAAGGUGCCUAUGGAAAAUGAGAACCACCAGGUAUUCACUAAUCUACCGAAGAUCCCUACAGUUCAGGAUAUGGCUGGAUUUAAUAACAAGACAAUUGGAUAUGAGGAAAUUGAUAGCCCUCACCCGCCUCCAUCCGUUGAAGAAGAAAGCAGAACUCCUCCUCUUCAACUGAAGCCUCUGGACUCUGGUGUUUUCCAGUGUUCCAGUAAGUACAAAUGGAUCCUAGGUGAGGAACCUGUAGAGAAACGAAGAAGGCUGCAGAAUGAGAUGACAACACCUCCUCUAGAUUAUUCCAUGCCUGGAUCUUACAAGAGGGUAGAGGCAGCUGUUGCCUACCCAGAAGGGGAGAACAGCCAUGAUAAAUCCAGUGUUGAGAGAAGCACACCACCAUACCUUUUCCCAGAAUACCCAGAAGCAAGCAAGAAUACCAGUCAGGGUAGGGAGGUUUCAGUUCUGUAUUCAGAGGCCCAAGGCCAACGCCAGGAGUCCCUGCUCCCUGAAGAAUUAGAAGAUCAGAUGCCAAGAUUGGUAGCAGAAGAGUCCAACAGAGGUAGCAUGAGCGUAAACAAAGAAGAAGUGAACAAGGGGCCUUUUGUAGCGGUUGUUGGUGUUGCAAAAGGUGUUAGAGAUUCAGGAGCUCCCAUUCAGCUGAUUCCUUUUCACAGAGAGGAGCUUGCUGAGCGAAGAAAAGCAGUUGAAUCCUGGAAUCCAGUGCCUUAUUCUUCUGUGACUUCUGCCACAGCCAUUGGGGAGAAAGGAAGGAGCUAUGAGGAGAGUGGAGGUCGUAAUACACCAAAACUUAAGAACCAGAGAGAGCUAGAAGAAUUGAAGAGAACCACAGAAAAACUUGAACGUGUUUUGGCUGAAAGAAAUUUGUUCCAGCAAAAGGUGGAGGAGCUGGAACAGGAGAGGAAUCACUGGCAUUCAGAAUUCAAGAAAGUCCAACAUGAAUUGGUGACCUACAGUACCCAGGAGACAGAAGGCUUGUAUUGGAGCAAGAAACACAUGGGUUAUCGCCAAGCUGAAUUCCAGAUUCUAAAAGCUGAGCUGGAAAGAACCAAAGAGGAAAAGCAAGAACUAAAGGAGAAACUGAAGGAGACAGAGACACACCUGGAGGUGCUGCAGAAGGCUCAGGUCACCUACCGGACCCCAGAGGGAGAUGACCUAGAAAGGGCUUUGGCAAAGCUUACGCAGCUGCGUAUCCACGUCAGCUAUCUCCUUACUUCUGUCCUCCCUCACUUGGAGCUUCGUGAGAUCGGGUAUGACUCAGAACAAGUGGAUGGGAUCCUGUACACAGUGCUGGAGGCAAAUCACAUACUGGAUUGAGCACCAAACUAUAUAGUCUACUCUUCUUUUCUCAUCUCUUUUCUCCUUCUUCCUCCCUCCAAUUCUUUCUCUCUCUCUCCAUCCAUCCCUCCCUCCCUCUCUCUCUCUCUUCCUCCUCGCUCCCUCUCUUCCUCCUCGCUCCCUCUCUUCUCCCUCUUAACUCUCUUUCUCUCUCACACCUUUAUGCACUAUAGAGAAUCUUUGAGUAAAUCCUGGCUCUUAAUCAGUCUGCUUCUUACUCAGAUUUGGUGUGGGGAAAGAGGCCAGUUAAAUAGGCUUUCAAGAGUCCAGGAGCAGAAAAGCAGUAGUCACCAAGAUAGGUGACCUGAACGCUUUAACUUUCAUAUGACCUAAAUACUUGGCCUAUUUCAUAUCCUUUCUCAAACAGUUUGUAUUCAUUUAAGUUUAAUCAGUCAUCAGAUAUUGGGGCCAAUGUACCAGAUGUUUUGGCCAAAACUAAGAAGUAUAACUCUUGGUUCCGGACUUCAAGAAUCUAACAAUCUAGUUGGAAACACAAGACACAUACCAAGUUAACUAACUGUACACAAAAGUGUGUGGUUCGUACAAGUGAGUGGUGCAAACAUGAUACAGAAGAUCUGGGGAAGGUCAAGGAAGGCAUCAGUCACAUCAGAAAUGGGACCUAAACUAAGGUUUAAAGAAUGAGCAUGAGCAUACUGUUAACAGUGGUUGUUUUUUAGGCAGCAGAACUAUGGUUGAUGUUUUUUCUUCUUCCUAUCUUCCUACCUUUUUCAAAUUUUCUAUAAUAAACCUGUUAUUCUUCUUACAUUGGAAAAAAUAAAUUGUUUUAAAAAAGAAUGAGUAGGCUUGGAUUUAGAUAUUCAAUAGAGAUUAUGUGAAAAUAUAAGGUAAUGUUAUAUUUAUAGUUUAUUUUAUGUUUAACAUUACCUCUGGAAGAAUAGCAUGAACAAAGGCACAAAAAAACUGGAAUGUGAAAAAUGUGUUUGGUAGGAGUACUGAGUUAAUGUAAAGUGGACCAAGGUUAAGUCAUGACCCACCUACCAACACACCUCCCCCCACGCGUUUGCAUUUUAAUAAGAAAUUUUUUGAAAACAAACCUUCAAGGCUCAAAUUUAUAAAAUGUAUCACCAAGUUGUGGAAUCUCAGGUAGUGGCGAAGAUAUUUUAGAACAGGGAUACCUAUCUGAUAUUCUUCAGAAUACACCGAUCUACUCUUCAGGCUAGUGCUGAAUGAGGGGUGAAUCUCGUAGUAUCAGAAAUAAUAAAACUUACACUCUUGUAAAAGUAGACAUUUUAUUUAUCAUUGCUUUAUUAUAUUUAUAUAGCAUAUAACACUCCAAAGAGUUCAAGGUACUCUUCGAGAAACGUUGAACAAUUAACACAUAAAAAUAUACCAACAGUUGAAAAAUAGGAAGUGCAGGAGAAACAGUAAGAGGGAGGUGGUAUCAAGCAAUGGCAAAAGAUUAGUCCAGUGGAAUGUUUUGGAUAUUCAUUCCGUUUCCCCUCAGCAGAGUUACUUCAGAAGACAUUUCCCAGCUUAUUUUAUGUCCUUUGAAAGGGGGCCCAUCAUAAAUACUCCAGUGAGACUGCAAGGAAUGGGGGGAGGCCAGAGGAGGUAUCACCAUUAGAAUGAGUACUUAAAGGUAUCCCUGUCCCCUUACCCUCCAGCUCCCCACAACGCUAGCAUACCACAGGACGAAUUUUCAUGUUAGACAUUUGAAUUAUGACAUUGAAGGCCCCCAAUUGUCUAAAUAGAAAUGCUACUGAGGGAGAAGGAACCCGUUAAGCCAUUCUCUCAGUGAUGCUUGUUCACCAGAUGGGAGCUCCAAUGGGUGGGACCUUGUGCAGAUAUGGACAAUAUGGAUAGAAGUCUAGUAGAGGAAAAAUUGAGAGCAUUGAGGCUCAGCCUGUGCGUGGGCAAGGGCAGAGUAAGGAGGGCAAGCAAAAGGUAGAAAAAUUUAACUCAUCUUUUAAAUUUUUUUUUUUACUAGUGCUAGCUUUCACUGCAAUGCCUAGUCCAUGGCCCCAACCCCACAGUCAUUGUUCAGCAGUAGUUCCCUGUGUGAGUCCAUUACACUAGAGCUACCUGUUUGUUAGCUAUCUGCUAUAAAACCAUACCAGCAUGAGAUCCCUUUAAUUUAACGAGUGUUACAUGCCACUGUGGGGAGAUUGAGAAGUGUCCCCCAGCCUUACCAGAAUUUAUGAUCUAGUGUGGAAAUGAAAGACAUUCAGAAAAAAAGUGGGGGUUUUCUCCUGGCUUUCCUGUUAGAUUAACAUAAUCAUAAUUCUCCUUUCAAAUGUCUCUCACAGUUCCCCUUUACUUUUCAUUUCCACUAUCAGUAUUUAGGUCCUUGUUACUUUAUGCCUUAAUAACUGAAAUAGAUUCUUAACUGGCCUCCCUUGCCUCCUGUUCUCACUCCUUCAGUCCACCCUACUCACUGUCGCUAAAUUGCUCUUAAAGACCUCAUCACAUUACACUUCUGCUCAAAGACUUGCUAGUGCUCCCAAUUGCCCACAAAACAUAAUACAAAUCCUUAGCAUGGUGCUCAAAGCCCUUUGUGAUCCGGCUUCAACCAUCUUCUCUAAAUGCAUCUUCCAAUAUUCCAAAUGAAAAUCACAUACCAUUCACACUGAACUCUCCUUUGGUUUGUGGACAUGCCGCCUCCACCUAUGCUAUAUAAUUCCCUUCACCUGGAAUGUUCUCCCUCAUCAUCUUUCCUUUGGCUGAAACGUCAACUAUUUUUUUUUUUCCUGAAGCUUCCUCUGAUUAAUGCGGGCAGCUGUGACAUUUCUAUUUGAACAUUUAAGUCCUGUUGUGCCACUUAAAAGGUUCUUACCACAAAUUGUCUUGUCCUGUCUCCCCUAUUAGAAAGUUCCAUAUCCAAAUAUUCAGCUGCCCACUUUACAGUUACACAUCUCACAGGCAUUCAAAUAAAAUGUGUUAAAAAUAGUCUCUCUAGCACUGUUCUCUCCCCAGUUUUCCUCAUCUUAGGAAAUGACAGCUCCACUCAUUGAGCUGCUUACGCCGCAAACCUGGAAGUCAUCCUUCAUUUUCUCCUCUUAUUCCACGCAUCCUGUCUGUCAAGUCUGUCAAUUCUACUUCCAAAGCAUAUCCUGAAUCCACUUACUUUUACCACAGCCACCUUAGUCCAAACUACCAUUGUUUCCCAUGGACUACAGCACCUCCUAACUAGUCUCCCUGUUUCCACUCCUGUCUUACCCCACAAUUGUCUUAUCACCUCAGCUGCAGUGAUUUUUUAAAAAAUGCAAAUCAGUUCAUGUGACUCCCCUGCUUAAAACUCUUCAGGACUUCUCAUUUCACUUAAAAUCCAAACUCCUUACAACAUCCUACAAGACUCUGCCUACUUCUCCUACUUUGCCUCAUGCUUCUCUUUAUCAUGUGGCACUCUUCUGACUCAACUGUGGCCUUUCUCUUCCUGAAACUUCAAACUCUUAGAGCCUUUACCCAUGCUGUUCCCUCUCUGGAAUAUUCUUAUCCCCAGCCUUGGCAUGGUUGGCUAUUCCUCAUCCUUCAGGUUUUAGUGUUUAAGUAUCACUUCCCCGGAUGGGCCUUCCCUGACAGCCUUUUUCUCUCUCUACCCUAUUCUCUAUUACUGCAUCCUAUUUUAAUUCAUAGCACUUCUGACAAUUUGUAGUUAUGUAUUUGGUUGUUUACUUUCACUCAUUCAACAGGUAUUUAUUGGAUACCUACUAUGUGCUGUGUGAUACACAGUGGUGAAUACAACACAUGUGGUCCCUGUCUGCCUCCUUCACUAAUAAGUUCAAGGGCCAUGUCUGUUUUUGCUAUCCCAGAGCUUAUCAUAAUAACCCGGGAUACAAUAGGUAAUCAAUAAAUGUUUUUUGGAACACAUACA